CUUUUCUCGGCGGUACUGUAUUCGGCGUCUAGUGCCAUUAUUCAUUACCCUACAUGUCUUCCCUAUAUGCAGUCUCGAUGCCUUUCUGGUCCCGGACGUAAGACUCAGAAGGACUCAGGGUCUGAAUCAACGCCAAUCUUAUAUACGCGCCGAGAAGGAAAAGAAAUUGACGGCGGACACGGAUCUAUUGAAAUCCCUCGAUGAUUCUUUUUCCUACGACGGCCGCCUGGAAGGAUCUUCCUUUGCAGACUUUCGCUGUGGCUUUGUCACGGUUAUGGGGGCGCCGAAUAUGGGCAAGUCAACGCUGCUGAACGCACUUCUGGAAGAGGACCUGUGCAUUGCGACGGCCCGUCCCCAAACGACUCGUCACGCUAUUUUGGGUCUCAUGUCUACCGAUAAAUGCCAGGUCUGUUUAGUUGACACGCCCGGGGUGAUUGAAGACCCCGCCUACGAGCUGCAGGAAGGUAUGAUGGAAGCCGUUACAGGUGCUGUGGCGACUUCUGACGUUCUUUUGGUCGUUACGGACGUCUUUUCUACACCUAUACCCGAUGACGAAUUGUUUCUCAAAGUUCAGAGAACACGAAAACCGGUACUAGUAGCGAUCAAUAAAAUCGACUUGGCAAAAAAAGUAAACAAAGCAGCGGAGGAGAAUCGAGACAAGACGGUGACGGUCGAAGAAGCCGUAGCGUUCUGGCGAGCCCAGUUGCCGAAUGCCCUCUGCAUUCUUCCGCUAUCGGCUUCGCAAGGAAUCAACAAUGUUGGUGUGGUGGCGAUGAGAAGGAUUCUCACGGAACUCUUACCGAUUAGUCCCCCGCUGUACGAUCCGGAAACACUAACGGAUCGGCCGGAACGCUUCAUUGCGUCGGAAAUUGUUCGGUCCGCUCUCUUCCAGGUACUGAAGAAAGAGUUGCCGUACUGCUGCGAGGUGAGAAUUCGAGAGUUCAAGGAACCAAAAGAGGAGGGUGAAGUAAUACGGAUUGCGGCGGACGUUCUAGUAGAACGCGACUCUCAAAAGGUAAUUGUUAUUGGUAAGAAUGGCGCUCAGGUGAAAGAGAUUGGCGUGAUCGCGCGGGAGAAGCUGGAAGCCUUUUUUCGGCACCAAAUUUUUUUGAACUUGUCGGUGAAAGUCGACAAAGACUGGCGAAAGAAUACUCGCAAGCUUACUGAGUAUGGAUACAUGAAACCCAAAAGGUAAAAUUGGGGGAUAAUGCCAAAGACUCAACUAGCAACAAUUUUCUGUUCCG